AGCUGAGAUCAAAACAUUCGAUCUCUUGCUAGCGAUCCCCCAAGCGAUAAUAUAGCUCUAGCUUGUGGCGAAUAUAUAGUUGGAGCUGAAUUGAGAGAGGCGGUCAUCAUGGCGAAGCUCAACGAGAAAAGGUCUAUCUUCCUGGUCUCAGCCUUCGUCGCUGUCGCCCUCCUUGCCGCACAGGUGAAGCCGGCGAUGGCGGCAACCGUGUACACAACUCAAAUGGAGACAUGUGUGAGGGGAAUAGUGGAGAAACCCGAAAAAAGAAUCGACUUGCCAGGCCUCGUCCGGCUCCUCUUCCACGACGCCUUUGUCAGGGGUCUGGAUGGAUCCGUGUUGCUGACAAGCACGCCCUUCAACACCACGGAUUUUGCUACCAAGGCGAACCUUACUGAGCCAACGGAGCAGGGAUCACCAAGCAACGGAGGCCUCCGGGGCUUGGGGAUGAUCGACGAAAUCAGGGAAGCGCUCGAGGUCCUCAAUGUCACCGCCUCCUGCGCGGACGCGGUCGCGUUCGCGGCGCGCGAGGCCACCUACGUCCUGAGCAAGACGAAAAUCAAAUACGCCAUCGACGGACCUGGCCGCUUGGACGGCGUCGUCUCCAUGGCUGACGAGCCAGGUAGUAACCUCCCGGGGCCCAGCUUCACCUAUGCACAGCUCCUGGGAAACUUCACGGCCAAGAAGUUCACCGCCACGGACCUCGUCGCCCUCUCCGGCGCGCACUGCAUCGGCGACACUCACCUGCUGCCGUUCGCGGACCGCUUGAAUGUGGCCCUCGCCGUCCCUCCCCCCGGUCCCAACGAGAUUAACGCCACGUACCAGGGAGUCAUCAUCAGAGAAGAAGCGCAGUCGCCUGGGGACAUGACUCGUUCCUUCAAGAACAACAUCCGCGACAUGGGAAGCACAGCCGUCGCAGAAUCCCGCUACACUCCCAACAAGGUGGACAUGACGGCGCCCGUGGACACCCUCGACAACAGCUUCUACAACGCCAACCUCCAGAACAUGGUGCGCUUCAAGUCCGACUGGGAGUUGCGGACCAACAGCUUCGCGAGAGGCCUGAUGGUAACGUACAGGGACAACCCCGACACGUUUUACGCUGCCUUCAAGGCCGCCAUGACCAAGCUCAGCAACAACCUCCCGGCCGUGGGGACCCGAUUCGAGAGAGGGAGCAGAAAGAUAUGCAGUGCCACCAACUUCGACACCCAGGAGUCCUACCCUGCGAAAAACAAACCCUAGAGCAGGCGCGCCAAGUUUUGAACGAGACAAGAUAUGCACGCACACGACCGUUAAUUAUUUUUUUUGUUUGUUUUUUGUUUGCAUACUCGUACUACUUAAUUUGGAAUUCAUGUAAUUUGAUGUUGAAUUUUUUUGGCUAUGCGUGUUCCAAUUAUAUAUAGGUGGCCAGCAGGUCGUGUAAUCCACAUGCGUGGUUGCCCUUUUGAAACAUGAGCUCUUUUAUGGUGA